AUGGGCUUGAAUCCUGAUCGGUUUACUUACACUACAUUGAUCAAUGGACACUGUAGAGAAGGAAACAUACAGAAGGCAUUUCAGUUACAUAAUGAAAUGAUACAGAAAGGCCUGCCACCAGAUGUAGUCAGUUACAGUGCACUCAUUCAUGGACUUCGUCAACAAUCUAGGACAAAGGAAGCAAAUCGACUCUUGUUCAGAAUGAUGUAUGAUGAUAUGAUUCCUGAUGAAAUCACUUAUGAUACUUUGGUGGAAUAUUGCGUGGAUGAGAAUUUGGAGAGCAAUGUGGCUCUUAUUAAAGGAUUAUGCAUGAAAGGCAAAAUGAUUGAAGCAGAAAAAGUAUUUGAAGCAAUGCUAGAGAAAAACUCAACUCCUAAUGAUGUUGCAUACAGUGUACUGAUCCAUGGACAUUGUAAAGAUGGAAAUAUUCAAAAGGCUUUUGGGAUGUACAAUGAAAUGGUGCAGCUGGGUUUAAUACCUAACAUUCUUACCAUUAAUGUUCUUAUUAAAAGCCUUUGCAAUGAGGGAAUGAUUAAGGAAUCAAGUCAGCUUUUGCGGGGAGUCAUAAAAGGGUGUUUGGCUCCUGAUGCUGUUUCACGAACAGUAAUGAUUGAGCAGAACUUUGAAGGAGGUAACAUGCAGGAAGUCAUAAAAUUUUUGACUGAAAUGGUUGAUGAUUGUCUUCUUCCAAAUGUAGUUAGACCCCUGCCAGAGUAG